AACAUUAAAGACUGUGAGAAUUCCGUCACUAAGUAUAUAGGCCGGUAUUCAUAGUCCAGACUCAAGCAUUCUCUUAAGAUUUUCUUGAUUAAGACCAUCUUGUUUGUAAAAGCUCGACUUAAGACAUUAUGUAUUCAUAGUUUUAAAAUAAGACGAUCUUUAUAAAGAAAUUGACACUUUCUUUUGCUUAAGAUUUUCUUACUGAAGUUAACGCUUAAGAUGAUCUUAUUUUACUUUCGGUAAUCUUCGGGAUUUUUCUGAUGUAUCAGCCAAUGAAGUGUUGUGUUUAAAUUAGAAAGAAUUCUGCAAGUUCACGUCUACACGUUUUUAUUAUUAAUGUAUUAAAUUUUGGUGGAUUUCUUUCUGGCGCCGCAUUAUUACAUAUUUAAAAAUUAUUAUUUGAAAAAUGGCAAGUAAUAAGAAACAUUAUACUGAUGCAGAAAAAAAAUUUUUUUUACGAAUUUUGGUAAAAUAUUCGCACAUUAUCGAAAGAAAAAAAAGUGAUGCCACAACCUUAAAAGACAAAGAAGAAGCAUGGAACCAGAUUUGUGAUUCAUACAAUUUAUCGUCUAUUAUUACAAGUAAAAGAAGUAUUCAACAACUUAAAAAAUUGUGGAGUAAUCUAAAAUCAACACAGAGAGAUGCUCUUACGCAUGAAAAACAAGCUCGUCUGUCAACAGGUGGUGGGCCUGAACCUACAUCUGCUGAAAUUGACCCUGAUAUUGCUGCAAUACCCAAUUUGAUGACAACGGCACCGACAUUAUUUUCAUCAAAUUUAUCAGAUGAAGUAAUACAAGAACGACAACAGAGAAUCUUAAAUGACGAUUGCAUUCCUGAGGAAUUAUUAACUAAAUAUGUAGAAAAUGAAUCAUCUGUUGAUGACAAUUUUAAAGAAGUCACUAAUGAGAAUUUAAUUAUUGUACGUGAUACAAAAGAAUCAAACAGUGAGAUCGAUGAAGCUGAUAAAGAAAAUACUGAUAUAUUAAAUACCAAACAUGCAAUACUUAGUAACUAUAAAGCAUCUACAUCGAAAAAUGUGCCUGUACAAAAGAAAUGUAUAUUAGAGGAUAUCAAUGAUAUUGUAGUACUUACACCAAAGAAGGAAAUAAAGAAACUACAACUGGAAAAUGAAGAAAAUAAUAAUGAAAAAUUGUUGAAACUGAAACGAAUAAAAUCUAUAAUUGAUCGAGAGCAGCAAUUAGCAAAUUUAAAUAUACGACAUCAAGAAGUAAUUCAAAAACUUGAAAUAGACCAUCUCAAAGAAAAGUAUGCCUUGGAAAUUCGUGCAGCUACUGCUGCCGCUGAAUUAUCGGAAUUAUUACUUAAAGAAAAACAAAAUAAAUAAACGCGGUUAUUUUAUAUUUUUAUAAGUUUGAAUAAGUAUUUAAAAAAGUACAAAAAUUAUUUUUUAGUUUUAUAUAUUAUUGCUGUUACUAUGUAGUAAAUACUAUUAAAAAGAAUAAUAUUUUAUUUUAUACAAUAUUACUAUUACAUAUACGUAGUAAGUUAUAUCAAAAAGUACUACCAAAAAGAAUUAUUAUUUUAGUUUUACGUAUUACUUGUUAUGUAAUAUUAUGUGCAUUACUACUACUAUGCGAUGUUAUGUGAUAUUUAGUAUGUAAUUAUUUUUUUAAUUUUAAUUAAAAUCAUAUCUACCGUUAACGAUAAAAAAAAAUUAAAAAAACCAAGAGUAUUUUAUUUGUCUGUAAUAAAAGUUACGUUGAAUGCAGUUUGUUUCGUUUUUAUCUUAUAAAUAAAUAAAAUGUGAUGGAUAUAAUAGUAAAAAA